AUGAAAAGGGAAGUAGAAAAAGCCAUUGAAUUAACGAGAGAAGCAAUUGACCUGGACAAUAGAAAGGAAUACAAGAAAUCACUAGAUAUGUACAUUAAGGCUCUACAGCAAUGGUCAAUGAUUUGCAAGUGUGAAACAAACACUAACUUGAGAGACAAGUACUUCAAUAAAAUGAAACAGUACCUUGAAAGAGCUGAAAACAUUAAAUCAUACCUAAAUACCAACACUACUGUUUGUCCAACUCCCUGUAAACUACCCUCUGAUGCACCUACCACACCUCAUGAUAAUGAAUAUUUUAAUGAGUUUGAGUCUCUGAUUAAUAAAAAUUCUAACGACAUACACUGGGACGACAUUGUUGGCCAUGAUAGUGUAAAAAUCAUACUGAAAGAAUCGAUUUUACUACCUAUGAAAUUCCCCAAUUUAUUCUCCAGCAAGAAUAUCAUCAAUUAUAAUUGUAUUUUAUUGUAUGGGCCUCCUGGGACUGGUAAAACUCACCUGGCCAACGCCUUGUCAAAUGAGUUUAAAUACCACUUUCUGUCAAUUUCUAGUAGUAACAUUCUCAGCAAAUACUACGGGGAAAGUGAAAGAUACAUACGAAAUUUAUUUAACUUUUGUAUAAUGAAGAGUCCUUGCGUGCUUUUCAUUGACGAAAUCGACUCCAUUUGUAACACUCGCAAUUCUAACCAGCAUGAAGCAACAAAUCGAAUCAAAACUGAAUUUAUGAUCCAGAUAAACCGUUUAAGUAAUGAGGGAAAUGUUCUAUUGCUAGGAUCCACUAAUUUACCUUGGUUACUAGAUAACGCCAUAAUUCGGAGAUUUGAAAAAAGAAUUUACAUUCCCCUACCUAACCAAAAUAAUAGAUUUGACCUCAUAAAGAAACUACUAACAAACGUAAAACACACCUUGGCUGAUUCUGACCUUCAUUACAUGUCUGAGAACACUACCAACUUUAACUGCUAUGAUAUAAAUAUUUUGGUUAAAGAAAUUGUUCUUUACACUCUGAAGAAAUACAAUAAUAAUGAAAGUCUUCUAAACAUCAACGAGGAUGACCUAAUCAUACCAACCAUUAGCAUUGAGGAUGUUAAGGAGGUUUUGAAAGACUUUAGACCCUCUGUUGCUGUUGACGAUAUUAAACUUUAUGAGCAGUGGACUCAGCAAUAUGGCACUCAACUUUAAUUUCAUUAUCAGAUUUAUCAUGUAGUUUAAUGUAUUACACUCUUCA